AUGGCACCGCAGCUCGUGCUCAUGGUACGAUCAUCCCUCUCACUUGCUCGUGUGCUCAAGUCGGACUCAGCGUACGAAACGCUGCAGUUUACGAACGCUGCCGUCGGACUCUUGACUUCCACUGCCGUGUCUUUCAAGCGACGUCUUCUAGUCCGUCGCCCUCCCCUCCUUCGCACAUCCCUCCGCGUCGCCCUCGUCUCUGUCACCUUUGGCAAGCCAUGGAUCCCUAUUCUCUCCGAUUCACUGAUCCCCGCAUUUCCUUCGUACCAUCCCCCCCAUCUCCUCAUCCCCGUUUCCAGUCAUCCCUCAACCUUCAUCGUCUCACCCAAUCCAGUCACUCUCACCACCACUCCCUUUCCAUCCCACUCUCUCAUACCACUCACCUUAUCCCACUUUCUUCAUCCCACUCUCCUCAUACCACUCACCCUCUCCCACUGCAUCCGUCCAAUCCCGGCCUGCCAGGUGGCAGAGAAGCCCAGCAUCGCUCUCACCAUCGCUCAAGUCAUGUCGCACGGGCAGAUGGCUUCCCGGCGCUCCUGGUUGGAUGUGCAUGAGUUCAAUGGUGACUUUCGAGGAGGCCCGGCUCGCUUCAAAGUCACGUCUGUCAUCGGCCACGUGCUCAGAUUUCUCAAAAUUUUCCCUGCCCUCGCUCUCUGCUGUGCGUUUCUUCCCUGCGUGCUGCGUUGCUGUGCGGUACUGCAUGGUGAUGUGCAAUGCGGUGUGGUGCAGGCGCAUGUGUGCAAGCACCUACAGAUGGAGGCCAAGGGGUGUGAUGCGCUCGUGUUGUGGCUCGACUGCGACAGAGAGGGCGAAAACAUCUGCUUCGAAGUGAUGGCGCACACUCAGCCCGGCAUGAGGUCACCUCAGAAUGUCUACCGGGCGAAAUUCUCAGCCAUUGGCGAGAAGGACAUUCGGCAGGCGAUGGCUCGACUGGGGGCGCCCAACGAGGCAGAGGCCAGGGCAGUGGAUGCGAGGCAGGAGAUCGACCUGAAAGUGGGGGUGGCGUUCACACGGUUCCAAACACGCUUCUUCCAAGGGAAAUACGGCAACCUCGACUCGUCACUUAUAUCGUACGGCCCGUGCCAGACGCCCACGCUCGGCUUCUGUGUGGCCCGCCACCAGCGCAUCACGUCGUUUGUCUCGGAGCCCUUCUGGGCGGUGCGGCCAAUCGUGGUGCGCGACGGCCGCCAGCUGGCGCUGCAGUGGGGGCGGGGGCGGCUGUUCGACAAGGAGGUUGCGGAGUUCUUUCAGAGGGAUGUGGCAGCAGGGGGCGCUGCAGUUGUGAAGAGUGUUGCAAUGAAGGAGGAGAGGAAAGGGCGGCCCACAGGCCUUAACACGGUGGAGAUGCUGAAAGCUGCUUCCAGUGGGCUGGGCAUGGGGCCGCACCAUGCCAUGCAGAUCGCUGAGCGGCUGUACACUCAGGGAUACAUCAGGUGA